CUGGUGUCAGUGCUGUGUGUCUUAUCUUUAUGUGUUUAGUGUGUGCACAUCUGCAGCAGCCUGAUCCCAUCAGACAGCAGGAAGGUUCCCAGGUAAUAAAAGCUUCACAUCUCUGCAGCAGCACUCCCUCCACUGAGGCCAUGAGGCCAGUUAACCAGCAGAUAAUUGAUGCCUCUCUCCUAUUGUUGUGAGGGCCUCGCCCACUGGCCUCGGAGUGUGGGAAAGCUAAUCCUGCCUGGGACUCAUGGCUUUGUAAUGCUAAUGUGGGCCUAUAAAUAGAGGAGAGGGCUCCUCGCUCCCAUCACAGCUCACUCUGCUCUCCACCAGAAUGGCUCCGAGCAACGCCAGAGACUCUCCCAUCUCACUGCUGUCCACCAGAGACAGACACAAAAUGAGGAAACCGGCGGUGGAGAAGAUGCGCAGAGAUCGCAUCAACAGCUGCAUCGAGCAGCUCAAGGUCCUGCUGGAGAAGGAGUUCACCAAACAGGAUCCCAACGCCAAGCUGGAGAAGGCCGACGUCCUGGAGAUGACAGUGGCGUUCCUGAAGCAGCAAAUGCAGCCCCAGAGCCCGGCCAAUCACACGACGGCUCACGGCGACGGCUACUCACGCUGCUGGAAGGAGACGCUGCACUUCCUGUCCGCCAGCUCCCUGAAGGAAGUGACAAUGCCAGCCCUCCGGUACCUCCACGCUACACCGGCCCUCUCCUCCCACAGCCACAUCCAGGCUGCAGGCAAGCAGCCGCCCGGCCCAGACAGGGCGGUGUGGAGGCCCUGGUAGGAGCUGGACCACACCGGAUGGAUGUUCUCCAUCAUCAAGCCUGUAGGAGAAUGAUCUCCACAUCGCUUACUCAGCGGAUCUUUCCUUCUUCGAUUCUGGAGACUUUUAGGUUUCUUCAUAUUGAAGAUCUGACAGCUGUUCAGUUUGUGCUCUGUUGAUGCACGUUGUUAAUCCUCCUGUUUCCUGUGAGGACUGUUUGUAGAGACGCUGUCUCCAUGUGGACGCUCGCUGAGCCGACUGAAGCCAUAAAAGCCGGUUUCUAGCAGUGUGUUGAAGUGAUGUCUGAGUGCCUUUAAUAAAGGCUGUGUGGGACAUUACGGUCUGUGAGGUGAAGCGUUGACACUGUGUGUUGCUCUGAUGACUUGUUAAAGUGAUUGAAUGUGAAAACAAACCUGUUUCCUGUGGAAAAGUAAAAGUCUUUUAAAAUGAGUACUUGUAGUCUCAAGAGAGAAAUUUCAAAAUAAACUAUUUUUUUGGAAAAUGA